AUGGUCAAGGCCGUCGCAGUACUCCGCGGUGACUCCAAUGUUAAGGGCACCGUGACCUUCGAGCAGGAGUCCGAGUCCAGCCCCACGAAGAUCUCAUGGAACAUCACGGGCCACGACGCCAGCGCUGAGCGUGGCAUGCACGUCCAUGCCUUCGGCGACAACACCAACGGCUGCACUUCUGCCGGCCCUCACUACAACCCACACGGCAAGACCCACGGCGCCCCCUCAGACGACGAGCGCCACGUCGGUGACUUAGGCAACUUCAAGACGGACGAGCAGGGCAAUGCGCAGGGCACACACGAGGACAAGCUCAUCAAGUUGAUUGGGCAGGAGAGCGUUAUUGGCCGCACGAUUGUCGUCCAUGCUGGCACCGAUGAUCUCGGGAAGGGUGAUACUGAGGAGUCGAAGAAGACUGGCAACGCUGGUGCCCGUCCGGCUUGCGGUGUUAUCGGUAUCUCCUCAUAA